AUUUGUAUUUCAGUCAAGUUGUGCGCUUGACUUUGGAGUCACUAACAAUCGCGGUAGUAAAUAUGGAACCCGUUGCACACCUCGUAAAAGUAUCUGUCCCGAAUUAUUUAAGUAAUUUGCCUAUUCCCGAUACAAUCGGAGGAUGGUUUCGACUAGGAGUGAAAGACUGGCUUGCUCUAAUUCCACCUUCAGCCGCUCUUGCCGGACUUGGAUACAUGUCCUACAAGGCUUUUUGCCCAAAAGCUAGAGCUGCAUCUUCUGGAAAAAUCAAUCAUAAAAUUCAGAAAAAUGUGAGUAAAGUUGUUAAUUCUGUAGAUAUUGAAGAUAUUACAGAAAAAGCAGCUUUCUGUCGCUGUUGGAGAAGUGAAAAUUGGCCUUACUGUGAUGGUUCUCAUGGUCGUCACAACACCGAAUGCAAUGAUAACGUAGGCCCCCUUCUUAUCAACAAAAAAAAUUAAAUGUUAAAUAAUGUAUAAUAAUUAUAUCAUUGUUGCAUCUGAAUUUAUCAGAAGGUUACCUAACAUUUAUUGUUUAAUAAGAUAUGAUUUUAUUAUAAAAAUUAAAAGCUAAAUUAUAAUAGAAAUCCA